AUGCAAGCGGCCCGCCUCCACACCCCCUUGCCUGAGAAAAUAGCAUCAGCGGCCGUCUUCCAAGACGUGGCAGCCGUGCCCGAGCGGCUGCUCCGAAUAAUCAAGCUGGGGCGGUGGAACCCCCUGCCCCUCAGUUACGUGACAGACGCGCCCGAUGCCACCGUGGCCGACAUGCUGCAAGAUGUCUAUCACGUCGUGACUUUGAAAAUCCAGUUACAGAGCUGUUCCAAGCUGGAAGACGUGCCGGCGGAGCAGUGGAACCACGCCACCGUGCGCAACGCCUUAAAGGAGCUGCUCAAAGAGAUGAACCAGAGCACACUAGCCAAAGAAUGCCCUCUCUCCCAGAGUAUGAUUUCAUCCAUUGUAAAUAGCACAUAUUAUGCCAAUGUGUCAGCAACCAAGUGCCAGGAGUUUGGGAGAUGGUAUAAAAAAUAUAAGAAGAUUAAAGUGGAAAGAGUGGAGCGAGAAAACCUUUCAGACUAUUGUGUUCUGGGCCAGCGUCCGAUGCACUUACCAAAUAUGAACCAGCUGGCGUCCCUGGGGAAGAGCAGCGAGCAGCCCCCGCACAGCCAGGUGCACCACAGCGCGCCCAUCCGCAACCAAGUGCCCGCGCUGCAGCCCAUCAUGAGUCCCGGCCUCCUCUCACCCCAGCUCAGCCCACAGCUCGUCCGGCAGCAGAUCGCCAUGGCCCACCUGAUCAACCAGCAGAUUGCCGUCAGCCGCCUGCUGGCCCACCAGCACCCCCAGGCCAUCAACCAGCAGUUCCUGAACCACCCACCCAUUCCCCGAGCAGUGAAGCCAGAACCCACCAGCUCCUCCGUGGAGGUCUCUCCUGACAUCUACCAGCAGGUCCGAGACGAGCUCAAGCGGGCCAGCGUGUCCCAGGCUGUGUUUGCCAGAGUGGCGUUCAACCGCACACAGGGGCUGCUGUCAGAGAUCCUGCGCAAGGAGGAGGAUCCCAGGACCGCCUCGCAGUCCCUGCUUGUGAACCUACGGGCCAUGCAGAACUUCCUGAACCUGCCCGAAGUGGAGCGGGACCGCAUCUACCAGGAUGAACGCGAGCGCAGCAUGAACCCCAAUGUGGGCAUGGUGUCCUCGGCCUCCAGCAGCCCCAGCGCCUCCCGCACCCCACAGGCCAAAGCCUCAACACCGACAGCAGACCUCCCCAUGAAGGCGGACGGCGCCAGCGUCAGCAUCACAGCUGCCAUCUACGAUGAGAUCCAGCAGGAGAUGAAGCGGGCCAAGGUGUCCCAGGCCCUGUUUGCCAAAGUGGCUGCAAAUAAAAGCCAGGGCUGGCUCUGCGAGCUGCUCCGCUGGAAGGAGAACCCGAGCCCAGAGAACCGCACGCUGUGGGAGAACCUCUGCACCAUCCGCCGCUUCCUGAGCCUGCCCCAGCACGAGAGGGAUGUGGUCUACGAGGAGGAGUCACGGCACCACCACAGCGAGCGCAUGCAGCACGUGGUCCAGCUCCCGCCCGAGCCUGUGCAGGUGCUCCACCGACAGCAGUCCCAGCCUACCAAGGAGAGCUCCCCACCCCGGGAAGAGGCACCACCUGCGCCGCCCCCGGUCGAUGACAGCUGUGCCAAAAAGCCCCGCUCACGCACCAAGAUCUCCCUGGAGGCCCUGGGCAUCCUGCAGAGCUUCAUUCAUGACGUGGGGCUGUAUCCCGACCAGGAGGCCAUCCACACGCUGUCGGCCCAGCUGGACCUGCCCAAGCACACCAUCAUCAAGUUCUUCCAGAACCAGCGCUACCACGUCAAGCACCACGGCAAGCUCAAGGAGCACCUGGGCUCUGCUGUGGACGUGGCCGAGUACAAGGAUGAGGAGCUGCUCACCGAGUCAGAGGAGAAUGACAGCGAGGAUGGCCCAGAGGAGGUGUACCGGGUGGAGGCCGAGGAGGACAGCAGCGACAGGGCCAAGGCUGCCCCUGCCGAGGGCGACCAGAGAUGAUGCAGCGGGCACCGCGCCCUCGGGGUCGUCUCUCCCUUCUUCACAGACAUCUCCUAGCUUGUUUUACCUUCGUCUUUCUGAGUCUCUUCGAUUUUCCUUGCCUGUCACGACAUUCCUCCGUUGCGCAGGACAUGACUGAGACUGAGUCCAGUCCUUCUGCCUUGUCCAGACAUCUGUGGCAGAGGCCUGCAGGGCCCGGAGCCGCUGCCCACCAGCUUGUGGCAGGGCCAGCUGUGCCAGUGGGCCGGGGCGUGGCGCCCACGCGUGUGUCCGUGUGUCUGCAGAGCUCUGUUCCCGCGUGGACAGAGACCUUGGGCCUGUGAGGACAGCCGCGCAGUGAGCUCUAUGGAAAGACUUGGCCACAUGUUAAAACCACUUCACACGAGUCGCUUCGGCUUUUGAUAACCUGCAGCCUGCUCUCAGGGUGGGGUGACGAUUUUUUGAACUCCUAUUUAUUUUUUUUGUGUUUGUCCCUGAUUUUUUGUUUAAUUCAAUGGCUUCCUAUCUGGCAGCUCCAUGGGUAAUUUUAGAGGUAUGUAUUUAACAAGAUAAAUCAACACUGCCAAAAAAAA